AUGUUUCUCCGUUUGGGCUCCGUCCCCACUGUUGUAGUGUCUUCUCCUGCCCUGGCAAAAGAAUUCCUCAAAACGCAUGAUUUGGUCUUCGCAAACAGACCAAACUGUGCGGUGGGGAAAUACAUAUGCUAUGAUCAUAAAGACGUGGCUUACGGCCCCUAUGGAGGGUACUGGAGGCAGAUGAGAAAGCUGUUGACGGUGGAGUUGCUCACAGGGAAGAGAAUCGACUCUUUCAGAUUUGUUAGAGAGGAAGAAGUGUCUGCCAUGAUCGCCUCCAUCUGGCAGGAAAGCGGGCGUGGUACGCACUGUGUGGAUUUGAAGAGGAGUCUCUCCUCACUAACUCGAAAUAUUACCUGCAGAAUGUUUGCCAGCAGGACGUAUUCGGACAACGACUUGAGAGGAGGGCUUGGCUUCAAGGAAAUGGUUGACGAGAUGUUUAGUGUGGCCGGUGCAUUUUGCGUGGGUGAUGUCAUUUCUUCUCUGGACUGGCUCGACAUGCAAGGAAUCCGUCGUCGCAUGCAGGCCGUUCACAAAAUAUUCGAUGGAUUUGCUGAGAAAUUAAUCGAUGAGCACAUUCAUCGUAGAUUAGGAGCAUUUUGCGUGGGUGAUGUCAUUCCUUCUCUGGACUGGCUCGACAUGCAAGGAAUCCGUCGUCGCAUGGCCGUUCACAAAAUAUUCGAUGGAUUUGCUGAGAAAUUAAUCGAUGAGCACAUUCAUCGUAGAUUAGGAAAAGGAAAUCCCAAGGAAAAAGAUCAUGUUAAGGACAUGGUAGACGCGAUGCUCGACAUGGCGGAGGCGGAUAGCCAAACAAUCUCACGGGUCAACAUCAAAGCAAUUAUACUGGACAUGGUAGCUCCGGGAAUCGAAAAAUCGUCGACAACAGUAGAAUGGGCGAUGAGUGAAUUGCUGAGGAAUCCUGCAACGCUCGCUCGAGCACAAAAAGAGAUCGAAUCUGCAGUGGGCAGAGAUCGCAGAGUAAGGGAGAGUGACGUCAUGAGCUUCGACUACUUGCGAUGCGUUGUUAAGGAGACAUUUCGACUUCAUCCGCCGUUCCCUCUGCUCAUUCCGCACGAGUCGAUGGAAGGCUGCAACGUUGGAGGAUAUUUCGUUCCGCCAAAGACACGGCUGUUUGUGAAUGUUUGGGCGAUGGGGAGGGAUAAAAACGUUUGGAAAGAUGCUCAUCAGUUUGAGCCCGAGCGGUUCAUAGGGUGUAAUAAGGAUGUGAGAGGUCAGGAUUUCGAUUUGUUGCCAUUCGGAACAGGAAGAAGAGGAUGCCCUGGGAUUUCCAUGGGUCUAUCUGUUCUUGAGUUGGCACUUGCUCAGCUUCUUCACUGCUUUGACUGGACUGUGGAGGGCGAGGUAGAUAUGGCGGAAGAGUUUGGAUUAACUGUUCCCAGAAAAACUCCGCUGUUUGUCCGCCCUUCGUGGAGGCUCCCAGCUGAAUAUCCUAUUUAA